UUGGCGCUCGUACCCGGAACUAAAGAGCCCGGUACCAAAACACCCGGACGCGAGCGCACGGACACGCAGUGGCGAGGGCCGACCUGGGUCCACAGCAACCAUAGAGCCGGAGAGAGGGGAGGCGAUGGUGAGCCUGAAGCACCUGUCGCUGGGGGUGCUGGUGCUGCAGACGACGGGGCUGGUGCUCGUCAUGCGCUACUCGCGCACGCUGCCGGUCGACGGGCCGCGCUACCUCGCCUCCACGGCCGUCGUGCUCGCGGAGCUGCUCAAGAUAGCCACCUGCGUCCUCCUCAUCGGCUACGAGCACGGCAGCAGCGGGCGCACGGCCUUGUUGGUGCUGCGGGAGGAGAUCAUCGGGAAGCCCAUGGAGACGCUCAAGCUGGCCGUGCCAUCCGGCAUCUACACACUGCAGAACAACCUCCUGUACGUGGCGCUCUCCAACCUGGACGCCGCCACCUACCAGGUGACGUACCAGCUGAAGAUCCUCACCACAGCGCUCUUCUCCGUGUUCAUGCUCAACCGGCAGCUGAGCGGCCACAAGUGGCUGUCCCUGCUCAUCCUCGUGGUGGGGGUGGCGCUGGUCCAGUGGCCGAGCGAUGCGGCUCCAAGCGGCCACCAGUCGCUGUCCGUGGGUUCGCAGGUCGUGGGGCUCGUCGCGGUGCUCGUUGCGUGCGUCUCCAGCGGCUUCGCUGGCGUCUACUUUGAGAAGAUCCUCAAGGGCUCUCGCCAGUCCGUGUGGGUGCGCAACAUCCAGCUGGGGCUGUUUGGGACCCUGUUUGGGCUGAUUGGCGUAAUAGUGUACGAUGGGGACAAGGUGUGGCAGCAAGGCUUCCUGCAGGGAUACAACAGCAUCACGUGGGUCGUGGUCAUCCUGCAGGCCGUGGGAGGGCUCGUGGUGGCGGCCGUCAUCAAGUACGCCGACAACAUCCUCAAGGGCUUUGCUGCGUCCUUCUCCAUCAUCCUGUCCUCCUUCAUCUCCUACAUGUGGCUGCAGGACUUCAUUCCGACCAGCGUGUUUUUUGUGGGAGCCACGCUCGUCAUCCUGGCAACCUUUCUCUACGGGUAUGAGCCCAAGGGGCUGCCUGUCCCCAUGAAGAUCUGACGACGCCGCUGCCUCCUCCUCGCGCUCGCGGAGGCCUCGGUGAGGCGAACGUCUCUCCCGGCGGCAGGGCACGGGGUCGCGCCGUGGCCUCGCGGGACGGUCCAUCGUGACGUGGCGACGUGCGCCCGAUGGCUCCUCCUGCCGAGCCACGCGGUCCCCAGCCCAGAGCCGACCUUGUGAUCGGCGACCGCCGCGCCGUGCCGGCUGAUCGUUCUGUGGCGCCCCAAUGUUGCUGACGUCGGCCCAUCAGGUGGUGAAGCAGUGUAGGUGGUGAAGCAGUGUAGGUGGCUGAGCGGUGCUGGUAUUCGUCGUGUACAUUUGUGUGUGCGUGCGUGUACGUGCGUGCGUGUGCGUGCGUGCGUGUGCGUGCGUGUGCAUGCGUGUGCAUGCGUGUGCGUGUACGCGUGCGUGUAUGCGUGCAUGUGUAUUUAUAAACGAUUCGCGUUCAAAACUUUUGGUGACCGGGGUCAUUGAGAUGUCGCGCCACUGUAAUAGCCGGAGUAUCUCGCAGCCAAAUCUUAACACAGCAUCGUUCUGUAAAACUAUAUUUUUAUUAUUGAAAAUCAUUCAUUGUGUUUAAUAUCCCAUUCCCAACAUAUUCUCAAUUCCAAGAGUUGGCAUACAUCCUGUGUACUUGUGUGUUUGUAUGUGUAAUCAUGAGCGAUACUAUAAUUUCAUGCCCCUGCACCUCUACAGACGUACAAAGACAAAGAUCCCCCAUAUAGCCUUUAACAAACUCUGGGGGCAAGUGCUGUUCAUGUCAAGGAGCAUAAACCAUCACGCGGACUCCGGUCAUCCUCGCAGCGGCUUUUGGCUCGCCAUCGAACAAAGACGGUCACUGCAUCGCGUGGCGCUUUCAGAUGCACUUCUGCGGCCGUAUGGAACGCUCUUCCUUCCGAUAUUAGGAAGCCACUGGAGCUAUCCACUUUCAAAUCUUGAUUGAAAAUAAUUUCUUUAGAACUGCUUUUUGUGUUUAGUUUGUUGUCCUUCUCCUGCACCUCCAAUUAACACAGUUGGCUCCAUGUGGUGCGAAAGAAGUUCAAUAAAUAAACAGAGUGAGCUCUAUGCAGGCCAGCAUGGCACACGAGGGGGAGGGUGGCCAGCACUACACCCAUCAGCCUUUUCUCCCGAGUGGCGAUGUUUACCCAACGCACCAGGUACUCGUUUGAGACCGAGUUCGGAGCGCACCGCUUCCCACAAACACACGCACUGACACGCACGCACCGACACGCACGCACACGCAGAGUGAGAGCCUCGUUUGGCCAGACCCAGGACCCAGUCCGCACCGACCACAUGUUCCGUUCACAGCUGCACACCGAGCCAUGCCGGGAAUUACCAAAGUGCAAUGUAUCUGCUGUAAAGAGGAUGUUGAAGACCACGUGAGAUCAUAGUUUAGCAAGAGUAUGCCAUUGUGUUCUGAUGACGUCCCCAAAUCCAAAGUGUGAUAACUUGCACAACUUGUAAAAGAAAAGUUCACAAUAAUUGGCAUUACAAAGCCAGUUCACCAAUCUCCAUGCAAUAGUGACGAAUUUUUGUGGGCUCCUCGUGUCUAAGAUAUACAAGUCUGGGCCUCUCCUAAGUCAGCUUAGCCAAAAAAUGUGUUGCUUGCACGUGAUCAGUGCGAUGGAGAAUGGUGCUUGUCAGCUGCGGAGCUGGCUGUGCGUUUGUGCAAUAGCGACCUUCCUCCCCGCACCUCGGCCGGGCAACCCGGUGGCUCGCGGCGAAACCCUAAAGCGCCUACGAGUCGCACAGCCGUGUCAAGCGGAGGUUACAGCUGUGACGUCGCAAGAAUAUGGGCACAAAGUUACCGCCAGAGUUGAUGUGGCAGAAUUAACGAUAAUUCGAGAGUAAAUCACAAGAUGCGAACAAUGGGGACCGUGGUUGAGACCACGGACUUGGGUUCGAGAAGAAGAAACGUUGAGAUGUGAAGUGAAUGCAGUCUAUCGGAAGUGGGUUCGCAGUUUUCUUGUUCAUGCCACAGUGAUAUCAAUGUUCGGAUGCUUUAUACAAUCGUGGUCAUGCACCAGUAUGUGUAAACAUUGUUAGGUCAUACGUGUUAUUGACACAAAGUGUGCGUGUGUUGUUCUCCCAGCAUCGUCAGGGCAUUGUGAGAAGUGUGGCCUACCAGAAAAUACCGGCGCGGUUCGCCCACUGGACAUUGUCCCUGUGCGUGUGUUUAACCCAUGGUGUGUUGUGAAGGAAUAUGUCGUGAAGCCCAUGUCACACGUGUUUCUAAUCCAUGAACUAAUGCAGUAAAUGCACAUUGCAGUGUAAAUCGGCUUCCAGCUGUGUCCUCCAUCCAGCCAGUGGUGAUUGGAUUCUACACAUUUAUUGCACUGGCUUCCGAGUCUUCCCACAGCGUUUGGUAAAAACAAAAAUUCUCAUAUCCGUGUGCGGGCAACGCUCCAGCUGUUAUCCGUGACCACGUGCUGUAGCUGUGGUAGCUGUGGGAGCGGUGACACGAGGCGACGCCGAGGGGUCCGAGGGGAGAUUCCGCCACAGCGGGCAGCCGGGGUCGCAUCGCCGCGCUGACCCCAGCGAGCGUGGUGGUGGGGGGGGUGAACUCCUGUUCUCUGCGGCGCUGAGCCAGGAGUGCGAUAUUAAUGCUCUACGUAGUGGAAGUUACAACCAGAGUGCAAGUUCAGAUUACCCCUGUGUCACUCACACCUGCUCAGGAAAGGUUUCGGAUAUCUUCAGUUUUGGUGAACCGAGCUCAUUUCAGUGUUUGGGCACCCUGGCUCGUGUGCUACUUACGCCUGCUAAUACAGGAACAAUGGAAAUCAUUGCGAAUUAUCUUUCCAACAGUUUAAUAGCCUUAGUGCACUGGUUUUGUCAUGAAUUGCCAUAACAGGAAUGUGUUUACAGUGGCAGUGGUUUAAAGGUGCAUUCCCCUGUCAGCCCCUCUGCCUGUGUGAACGUUACGGGCUGAUGGAUACCCAGUCUGUGCUGAUGUGUUGGGCUGAUGCUCACCCUGUGUGGGUGAGAUGGACAGAGGGUCUUGUGUGGCUGGGCAUGGCCUGUGAAGUGUGCCUUACAUUAGUUUUAUACACACGCUACUUUGGAACCUUGCUACAUUUAAAGGGGUUGGUGUUGAAUCGUGGGCCCGAUCUAAAUUCUGUGUUUCAGUGCAUGUGUAAUUGAGAUGAGAGGUCUUGUGUGAUCUCAUGCCGCAGUACCAUACACCAGAUGCUCAACGUUACUCAUCCCAUGGCAGACAACGCCCUGUAUGAACGUAAAAGUGAUUCCGUGCUCAAAUGAGCAUUGGGACGGUAUGCAUCUCCAAUUUAGAGCCCCGAGCCAGAGGUACUUUCCUAUGACGGGGGCGAGUCCAUGCAUAUUACAACCACUGAUGACUUAAUCAGUGGUUUUAUUUUGACCCCAGCAUGAUGAUGGGCCAAAACCCCCAAAUCAGGAUUUGAACUCCAAACCUUUUGAUCGUGAGCCCCCUCUCCUGUUGAGCCACACGGCUGCAUUACGAAUGUAGAGUUUCCAUAAAACAAUUACUAUCAAUCUAUAUGAGUGCAUUCAAUGUGCUAAAUAUUGUUUACAUUUAAAAAGUCUCCUGUGCAGAGGGCUUCUGCCAUGUGACCAUCCCAACUGUAAGUCACAGUGGGUCAGCAGUGGUUGUGCGAAGCACUGGUGUGUCGUGCUGCUGGUGACUUGCUAUAAUCAUGCAGCCUCUGUUGUACGACCGAGAACAAUGAUGGGUUGCGAACACGUGUUUUGUAAAAUUGUAAAAAAAAUUGAGAUGUGUAGUAUAAAACUGGUUGGUGGGUAUUUUAAAGUGCAUAAUUUAAGAAUACGGAUGCUCGAAUAAGGCUUGAAUGGGUGUAAAUGAGGUUCUUUUGUGUUUCAUUGGAAAAUAUAUUGUUCAAAAAUAAACUUGAUCUAUCUUCAUACAGAAAA